AUGAAGCCCCGAAUUCUCGACCAGGGCUUGCAUCCGCUCCGUCUGCCCUUCUCGAUCAGUGGGAAAUACGUCUCCCAGUCUUGGAAUCGCCAUGCUUCAUUCUCGUCCUCUUGCGCAUCCUCCGAACCAGCCCCUCCGAAACAACGACUCUGGGUGAAACUGGCCGCCGUGAGUGUUGCAGCCGCUGGAAUUGGAGCGUACAUUCGAAAAUCGCAGCAAGAUGGACCCUCGACAUUGAAUCCUUUCGCUUUCACCAAGUACACCUUAAUCGCGAAAGAACCCGUAUCCUCGACGGGGAGUAUAUUUACCCUCAAACCACCGAAACCAGAUCUAAACUCGACCGUCUAUGAAGCGUCAUGGCAGACCGGAGUGUGGAGUGUGAUGUUCAAGCAGCCGCAGCUGCAGAUUGGUAGAGAUUACACCCCCCUACCGGUCAAGUCGACGACGGACAACCAGGACGAGGAUGUGCUACGGUUCUUUAUCCGGAAAGAUGCAUUUGGUGAGAUGUCGCGGUACCUACAUGGCUUGGAUAUAGGUUCUCUGGUUGAGAUACGGGGACCCAAGAUUGAAUACAAGAUCCCAAGGCAGACCCAGGAGAUCUUGUUCAUCGCUGGUGGGACAGGCAUUGCGCCAGCUCUACAGGCCGGUCAUACACUUCUGCACCAGACGGACGAGACGCGCAAACCAAGGAUACAUAUACUAUGGGCAAACCGGAGACGAGAGGACUGUGCGGGCGGUGCAAACGAUACCAGUGCGAAGCCUCAGGGGCCUCGAAGGCUCUGGUUCUUUGGCCCUAGGACAUCACCAAAAAGUCCCGUGCCAGUCACGGGAGAUACGGACAGAGAUGCGACAACUCAGUCGUUAGUUGUUCGGGAACUAGAAGCCCUCAAGUUACAAUAUCCAGGACAAGUGACAGUGGACUAUUUUGUCGACGAGGAGAAGACGUUCAUAAAAAAGCAGGACAUCUCGGACUUCAUUGAUUCUGCGCAAAUUAGUGGCUCUCACUUCCCUAAGAACAAGAUUAUUCUCGUCUCUGGGCCCGAAGGUUUUAUUAACUAUAUGGCAGGACCGAAACUCUGGGCGCAAGGAACGGAAGCCCAGGGCCCUCUUCGAGGAAUUAUUAAAUCACGAUUAAUGACCUCCGGCGGCUCGGGCAGAGCGAUAUUGCGCUGCCCGGUGCCGAACAACUUCCAACGCCGUGCCUUUGCCUCAUCGAGAUUCUACUUCCAAGAGGUCUUCGAGUCCCAGAUGGACGAUCCCGCCUCCGCGGCCGUUUACUCGUCCCUCCAGACGUCGAGAGCCGUACCCCAAACUCUUACUGAGAAGAUUGUCCAGCAGUAUUCUGUGGGGUUGGCCAAGGACAAGUUCGUCAAGUCCGGCGACUAUGUGACCAUCUCGCCGCACCGCUGCAUGACCCACGACAACUCGUGGCCUGUUGCGCUCAAGUUCAUGUCUAUCGGAGCCUCCGAGUUGCACAACCCGAGGCAGAUUGUCAUGACCCUCGACCACGAUGUGCAGAACAAGUCGGACAAGAAUCUCCAGAAGUAUCGCCAAAUUGAGGAGUUCGCUAAGCAGCGUGGUGUCGAGUUCUAUCCUGCCGGACGUGGUAUCGGACACCAGGUGAUGGUUGAAGAGGGCUUUGCGUUUCCCGGUACGCUUGUGGUGGCCUCGGACAGCCACAGUAACAUGUACGGUGGUGUUGGCUGCUUGGGUACCCCGAUUGUCAGAACCGACGGUGCCAGUAUCUGGGCCACCGGUAAGACGUGGUGGCAGAUUCCCCCGGUUGCUAGGGUCAACUUGACGGGUGUUCUACCCCCGGGUGUGACGGGUAAGGAUAUCAUCGUUGCACUCUGCGGCUUGUUCGACAAGGACGACGUCUUGAACCACGCUAUUGAAUUCACGGGCUCGGAAGAGACCAUGAACAGUUUGACCGUGGACUCGCGGUUAACCAUCGCCAACAUGACCACUGAGUGGGGUGCUCUGUCUGGUCUUUUCCCAAUUGACAAUGUCCUGAAGGGUUGGUUGAAGGGCAAGGCCACUACAGCCGCCAUGGGUCUUUCCGACGGUCCUUACAAGACCUUGGCUGCUCAGCAUUUCACCCACCCCAUCCUCGAUCAACUAUUCUCCAACCCCAUAAAGGCGGACAAGGGCGCGAAAUAUGCCAAGGAGCUCUUCCUUGACCUUUCUACCCUCACUCCUUACGUCUCUGGUCCCAACUCCGUCAAGGUUGCCACCGCUCUCGGUGAAUUGGAAGCACAAAACAUCCCAGUCAACAAGGCUUACCUUGUCUCAUGCACCAACUCGAGAGCCUCCGAUAUCGCCGCCGCUGCCAAGGUGUUCAGAGAGGCUGCGGACAAGAAUGGUGGACAGGUCCCCAAGGUUGCGGAGGGAGUGAAGUUCUACAUCGCCGCCGCAUCGAUUCCGGAGCAACUGGCUGCCGAAGAAACCGGUGACUGGCAAAUCUUGCUGGAAGCUGGCGCUACGACUCUCCCAGCUGGUUGCGGACCCUGCAUCGGCCUUGGUACUGGAUUGCUUGAACCCGGUGAGGUUGGUAUCAGUGCGUCCAACCGUAAUUUCAAGGGACGUAUGGGCAGUACCGACGCCAAAGCUUACCUCGGCAGCCCUGAAAUUGUUGCCGCCAGUGCCUUGAGUGGAAAGCUCAGCGGACCCGGCUGGUACAAGACCCCCGAGGGAUGGAAUGGCGUUGUCCGCGGUGAGGGUGAUGGUAUCCGUGAGGAAGAGCGGAUGCUUACCGCUGAGGAAGCCCUCGAAAAGGUGAUCGGUCAGAUUGACGACCUUGUCGCCGACGGAGAGAAGCAGUUCACUCCUGAACCGGGUGCUGAGACUGAGGCCGCUGAUGACGCUCUCACAGAAGUGUACCCUGGUUUCCCCGAGCGUGUUUCAGGAGAAAUCGUCUUCUGUGACGGCGACAACAUCAACACUGACGGUAUCUACCCCGGCAAGUACACCUACCAGGACAACGUUUCGGAGGAGACCAUGGCUCAGGUAUGCAUGGAAAAUUACGACGAGCAGUUCGCAUCGAUCGCCAAGGCUGGCGACAUCCUGGUGACUGGCUUCAACUUUGGCUGCGGUAGCUCCAGAGAACAAGCCGCCACCGCUCUGCUGGCGAAGCGCAUCCCGCUUGUUGUUUCUGGAAGCUUCGGAAACAUCUUCUCCAGAAACAGCAUCAACAAUGCCCUGAUGGGUCUGGAAGUUCCCCGUUUGAUCAGCCGCCUUCGGGAAUCCUUCAACUCCGACAAGGCUCUCACCCGCCGGACUGGCUGGAUCUUGACCUGGGAUGUCCGGAGAAGCCGCCUGGAGAUCCAGGAGGGUGAAAACGGACCCAAAUGGACGCAUAAGGUCGGUGAACUCCCGCCGAAUGUGCAGGAGAUUAUUGCCAAGGGCGGUUUGGAGAAAUGGGUCAAGAAUGCCAUUGGAGCAUAA